AUGGAUAGGCUUAUGCAAAAUGAUCAGUUAGGUGUGAAUAAGAUUGGGAAGAACAUAAAGAAGAGUCCUUUACACCAACCGAGUUUCUUGAAUGGUAUCGAGGCUCUACCGCAAUCGCAGGUCUAUAACAUAAGCAAGAAUGAUUUUAGAAGUGUUGUUCAACAGCUAACAGGUUCUCCGUUGCGCGAGAGUUUCCCUCAGCAGCCUCCUCCUCAGAAUCUACCAAAGCCUCAGAAUACUCGGUUGCUGAAGAUUAGACCAGCGGCUCUAACACCGAUAACCCGGCCUCGUGUCCUUGCUCCUGUGAUGGCUCAACCGAUCCAUAACUUAGCCGCUAGACCACCACCGCAACCUUAUAUGCAUCAUUUGCCGCACAGUUCACAACCAAUGAUGGGUCAUGGAGAUCAAUGUUGGUUGAAUACAGUUGAAUCUCCUGUCUCGUUGUAUAUGUGUUAUCUUCAGAGCUCAGUAGUUGAUUCAGGACAGAAUGGAAACCAAGUGCAACCAUCUCAUGAGUAUCAACCGCGCCCACCACCAACGCAAUCCCUUAACCAUCAUUCGCCUCGGCUCAAUGGUUCUGCAUCCAGUAUGCCCAUUUUGCCUACUCCUAGAUUCAAAGGUCGCGGGAUAUUACCGUCUCCUACGUCGCAAUAUUUUCAACAAUCUCCAACCGCUUACCGGAGUUUUCCCUCCCCUAGGUCACCUUAUCCAUUGCUAUCGCCGGGAGUUCAAUAUCCUUCACCAGUUACACCAAGAAACUUCGCAAUCUCAUCAAUGGAUCAACCUGGUAUUCUCGGUCCGGGCAAAUUUCCUCAGUCUCGUGCAUCUCCUGGUCUUGUGUUGCCAUCAUCACCAUUCAGGUUUUUCCCAGUCUCUAGUCCAAGAUGGAGAGGUUACUAA